AUGGCCUCCUCCCCAGGUCUGAUCCGCUCCAGCCUGAUCCACACUGAUCCACACCGGCCCUCCCUCUUAGCGCCAGGACUGACUUCCCCAUCUCCCUGCCUGCCAGAUGCCAAAGGCCGUUCCUGGGCAGGCACCUCUGUCAGCCUCGUCGCCGUGGUGGUGAUUGUGCGUGUCGUGGCCCCGGUGGUGGUUUUCUUGCUCUUGUGGGAGCCACGCCCAGCGCCCUGGAGGACAGAAGAGGCCUCCAGCCCGGCCCCCUGCUCGCCCCUCAGGCCCACAAGCCCCCACCCCAGAGGCAGCAUGGCGGACAAGCUGAAGGAGCCCAGCACCCUGGGCUUCCUGGAGUCGGCCGUGAAGAUCAGUCACACGUCCCCCGACAUCCCGGCCGAGGUGCAGAUGUCCGUCAGGGAGCGCAGCACUGUUGCCCGGCAAGCAAGGCUGCAGCGCCAGACCACAGAGCCCGCCUCCUCCAUCAGGCACACCUCCUUCAAGCGCCACCUGCCCAGGCAGAUGCACGUCUCCAGCGUGGACUACGGCAAUGAGCUGCCGCCCGCAGCUGAGCAGGCCACCAGCAUAGGCCGCAUCAAGCCUGAGCUCUACAAGCAGAAGUCGGUGGAUGGGGAGGACGCCAAGCCCGGGGCUACCAAGAGCUGCGGGAAGAUCCACUUCAGCCUCCGUUAUGACUACGAGGGCGAGGCCCUGGUCGUGCGCAUCCUGGAGGCCCUCGACCUCCCUGCCAAGGACUUCUGCGGGAGCUCCGACCCCUAUGUAAAGAUCUACCUCCUGCCCGACCGCAAGUGCAAGCUGCAGACGCGGGUGCACCGCAAGACCCUGAACCCCACCUUUGAUGAGAGCUUCCACUUCCCCGUGCCCUACGAGGCACUGGCCGACCGCAAGCUACACCUCAGCGUCUUCGACUUCGACCGCUUUUCCCGCCACGACAUGAUUGGGGAGGUCAUUCUGGACAACCUCUUCGAGGCCUCGGACCUGGCCCGCGAGACCUCCAUCUGGAAGGACAUCCAGUACGCCACCAGUGAAAGCGUGGACUUGGGAGAGAUCAUGUUCUCCCUCUGCUACCUGCCCACGGCCGGCAGGCUCACCCUCACCGUGAUCAAAUGCCGCAACCUGAAGGCCAUGGACAUCACAGGCUACUCAGACCCCUAUGUCAAGGUGUCCCUGCUGUGUGACGGCCGGAGGUUGAAGAAGAAGAAAACCACCAUAAAGAAGAACACGCUCAACCCCGUCUACAAUGAGGCAGUCAUCUUUGACAUUCCUCCGGAGAACAUGGAUCAAGUGAGCCUGCUCAUCUCGGUCAUGGACUACGACAGAGUGGGCCACAACGAGAUCAUCGGGGUGUGCAGCGUGGGGACCAGUGCCGAAGGCCUGGGCAGGGACCACUGGAACGAGAUGCUGGCCUACCCCCGGAAGCCCAUCGCCCACUGGCACUCCCUGGUGGAGGUAAAGAAAUCCUUCAAAGAGGGAACCCCUCGGUUGUGAUUUCAUUC